CACAGCACAGAGAUCCAGGCAUGGCACCUAAAAUCCCUGCAGCAAUUAACAGUUCUGAGGAGCAUCUGACUCUGACUCACAAGCUCAGAAAGCCUCUGGUGGAGAAGUUACGCAGAGAGCGAAUCAACACCUGCAUUGAGCAGCUCAAGUCUCUCCUGGGUCCAGAGUUCCUCAAACAGCAGCCAGACUCCAAACUGGAGAAAGCAGACAUCCUGGAGAUGACCGUUUGCUUCCUGACACAGCUACAGCAGCAGAGAAACCUGCUGACGCACUGCAACAAGCUGCAGACUGCCUCUGAUAAGAAGCUGAAAGAGGCUGACUUCUCUCCUCUGAGCUCCACAGUCCAGAACAUGAUCACCAAAAAAAACAAAUGUCCGAUCAACAGCGCUCUCUGGAGGCCAUGGUAGACACGACAAACUGGAGUUAAUACCAAGAAAAAAAGAGACCAUAUUGGUCAAACGUGACAGGACUGAAUUAUUUGAACUUUCUGUGUUCUUCUGUGUGUGCAAGACGACAUUUCCUGAGGAAAUGACAGCAAUAGAGCCUUUCGUGUUAAGGAAGAAAAUAUCUUGUCAUGCAUGUAGCAUGAAUGAAAUCUGAUUGCAUCAGCGAUUAUUAUCAAUGCCUAAUGUACGUGUUAUGGUAACAUAGUUGUAUAUAUAGUACUAUAGUUUUUGUCUGUUUUUUUUCUGUGCAAGAUGACAUUUCCUGAGGAAAUGACAUCUUGCACAUUAAGAAAGAAAACCUCAUGUCAUGCAUGUUGCAUGAACCAAAUGUAGUAUUUUGUUUGUUGGUUUUUGACCCUUGUGAUCUAAGAUUGAAAUGUCCUUUUUCUGGACUGAUUGUAAAAUUAAACUUGACCCCCAUUUAAUAUCAAAACAGAUCUGUUCUAAGAUCCAGUUGUUUAUCCUUUUAAUUAUAAAAGGCUUGAUAUGACCAUUUUAACCCCCACUUCACUGAGGAUUAAACAGUAUAUUAUUUGUACCUUUUGACAAACACUGAUCACUUUGUGAUUACUGAAAACCAAUCUGUUUUAAGAUUAAUAUUUUAUGUUUCACACUGUCAGCUUUUUUGUGAUAGGUGUUUCUUUUUUUCCUUUGGGAACGUAAAUGUGAUCUGUUUGAAGGUCGAUAUUAAUAGUUUUCAUAUUGAUUAAUGUGUUCUUAAAUGCUGUAAAUAUUUUGUCUUUCACAAAGAUGGUGUCCCUUCACUCUCUCUGAGCACAGUGUGCCUUGUAGAAAUCUACAAGUUGUCGUUGUGAUGUGUCAUCACUUCCUGUUUAAAACAUUUAUGUUUUAUGUGGCUCUUGUUAAAUAAACAAACACUGCCAAGUGAAAACUGUA